AUGUCGACCGCAGACAACAACCGAUUGGACGUGUUGCUUUAAUAGUUACGCAACUUCUAACAAAAUGAGUAAGAAUAUCUGAGACUAUUGCAUGAGGUGAUUGAGUACCUUGAGUACUUGCAACAGUAAAGUAGCUCUCAGAACAUAGCCCAGUUCCAAAGUGUCAUCAUUCCCGAAAUCAUCAACAUCAUGUGGGACAAGGAACCAGUCAUGGUGGAUUGCGUUAGACACAAAAUACGCCGCUACAGUCUUGAGAUACUUCUAAUGACACCCUUCCCAGACGACAAGGAUCGUAUCCCCCACAAAAAGAUCAUAGAGCUAAUUAUGAAGGUAUUGCUCCACGAUAACGAAGAGAAUGCAGAGUUAGCUCUCAAGAUACUGCUUGAAAUCCAAAGAUUCUACAAGACCAGUCUCAACGCUCUCGAGGAUCACCAGACCGAGUUUCUGAGAUAUUGCCAAGGCCUGUACGAGAUGCUGCCCAGGAAACUAGAGCAAGUGAAGAUUGUGGAUGAAAGUCAGAACUAAAUCAGGAUAACUCAGGCCUCUGAGGAGAAGACGCUCAUAUCUUCAACAGAGUCAAUGAAGAACAUAGCAAACUGCAACUACUUCUACUUAGUAAUGAGUUCCUUGUUCGAAGACCGCCACAAAGAUAUCAUCAUUCAGCUCAUUCAGACUAUCUUCAGAAUGCUUGAGUGCUUCCCAGAGAGCAUCCUACCUUAAGUCAAGAACAUGACUCUGUACAUGGAAUUCUUGGAGAUACUCAAGACUAUCAUGAGCUUCUUUACCUUCAUUUUCAAGAAGUCACUGCAAAACGAGGUACUAGAUAACUUCGAUAAGAUCAUUGGCGCAGAAAUUAAAAUUCUCAAAAACCUCCCUCAACAUGGACACCAACUCAGGAAAGACAUUCUAAACAUGAUUAAGUACAUGAUCCAGGAGGUCUAGAAUCUUGAGAGAAGUGACACUCAAAAUAGGAUCACUGAGCGAGAGCCCUUGUACAGAAAGAAGAAUCUAUUUCUUCACAAGAACAUCAACGACUUCUUAGACAUGAACACAAUCUUCGGUUCAGGCAAGCUCACCAAAGAACUUCAGUUCAAUGGAAGGUCUCUCAUAAUGACCUAUAUUUCACACUCGCGUGAGCCGCAGAUGGAUGCAGCAUAGUUGAAUAAGUGUCUGCAGAUGAUCAUUAGAAUGCUGAAUGACCCCACAGUGCACUUCCACCUGAAGAUGACUUUGAUCCAUUUACUGUAUCGAAAGUAUGCAGAGCUUAACAAUAUCAUCAACCAAAGCGAUGGCAAACUGCAAGUUGAAAUACUCAAGACCCUGAUCAUGAUAUUCAAAGAUCUAGAUGUUUGGAUUAAGAUCGCAGCUGAUGAGUUAAGCACCUUCAAGGCAGAAGUCAUCAAGCUAAGGAACAACAGUGUGAAGUGGAUGAAUGACAUCGAGCAAAGAGAUGUCAACUUUAAGGAGCUAUUCCUACAGGAUGAGUAUCAGUUCUAUGAAGCAGAUAAGGUCUAGCAAAUUGACGUGGAGAAAAUACAGGAGAAGUUUUACUUCAACUUCAUGUUUGACUUCAGCAUAUCGCAGAGCUCAAACCAGCACGAUAUCAUAAGGAACAAGUCCAAGUACUACUCCUUGAUAUCACUCAACGACUAGUAACUGAAUGACCAGAUAGAGGCUCAAAAGGAAAACUGCUUCAAGUUGGUCAAGCAGAUCAUUCAACUUAUUGAUAGCAUUCUCUCGUACUUAAUUGGAACCAUAAAAAAAUCUAACUUCUACAAGAAAAGCUUUAUGAAGCUAUUGAGAAAACUAUUGAUCCACGGCUCUAGAGUGCUGUAGAGUCUUUACGACAUGUUCCCCUAAGAUAAGGAUAAGAACAACGAUUUGAUCAAGAGAUUCGCCAAGAUCUUCAAAGGAAUGAAGAACCUCCAGUUUAGAGACCUGUUUUCAUCUGUUGAAGACAAGUUCUUUGGCUACGUUUUGGAGACCAAGGCCACAAAGGGAGACACAGGAGUUGUCCUCUUCGCAGACUACUUAAUGAGCUUUUAGCAAUCUCAGCCGGGCCAGCCAGUAGCCCCCACUGAUUUGAAUAAGAACCUAGAUGACCAGGCAGCCUACAUGCUUGAGAUAUUCUUUGGCUACAUCAACAAAAAGAUGAGAGUGUUCAACAAAUCAAUGGAGAACGAGUAGAUUCUCACACUGAACAAACUGGACCAGAGACUUGCGAAGAUACCCACUCCUGAUCUCUAAGACACCUUAUAAAAGCUGACUCUAAUGAUUGGAAAUAAAGCUCUGUCUAAGAAAAGCGAUCUCAGAAUGAAAAACCUCUUCUUUUCGGUGUUCGUCUUCUGCAUUAAAUACACAAAAGCGAGUUAGAUAGUGCCCUACUAUUUCGCAGUAAUAAGGAAUUUGUUCAAAGAACUUGGAAUGAUCAACGACAACACCAACUUUGUCAAGGAAUUCAUCCCGUUAAUGCAAGGACUUCUCGAAACCUUCCUCUAGGCGAAAGAAGAAGCGGCAUUCAUCAAAGAGACUAAUGAGAUAUGCUACUCAGUACCUGCAAAGCUUAAAAAUCUGAUUGAGUACUUACCAAUUAUCUCAAGACCACUUAUUGAUUCCAUGAAGUCAAAUAACAUUGAGCUUAUCGAAAGUGGCAUAAACACAAUCCUCACUUGGGUUUAAGCUUUGACAUCCUAUCCUGAGAUACUAGAUCCUGUGAUUGAUAACAUUCUCCCUGAGUUAAACAGCUUACUCUAGAGAAUUCUUUACCUUCUGCCUAACUAUAGUUUCAAGCUACUUGGUAAACUUGGAGCAAAGAGCAGAUAGUACCUUGAGGAUAAAGAAUUUAAAUCUAAGAAUUUCCCAGAAGAUGGGUUGAAAAUUGACUUGCAGGAUAAAAACUCUGGAAAGACUAUAGUUCUUGGCAUUGACUCAGCAAUAGAUGUCGUCUUGCUCAAAAUAUUUGACAGUUUCCACAAAUUUAGUCACUAAAAACUACUGGAAGCAUUCAAGUUGGUGAAGGCUUCAUUCAUAUGCUUCUUAGAGCCAGAAUUCGAUGUUGAUUAUAUGGUUGCCUCAAUCAUCAAUGCUAAGACUAAAAAUACUGAACUACUUACUGCUUAUUCAAUGAAUUCUGCUAAAUACUUUGAUUCAAGCCAAACUUAGAUUAAAGUGAGUUCUCUAGGAAAGGGUUCCGAAUCUCAUGCAUUUGAAAAGAUACUUAAAUGUCUCUUAAUAGCUUGCUCCAUGCCUAAACAUAAUCCUGAAAUCAAGGUAGUUCACAAAAAAAUCAAGAAAUUUUUCAAAUGGGUGACUCAAUAUUUCACCUUGAUAUACAUAUGCAAAAAUGGUAAAUUAAAGGAGAAUCUUAUAAAUGAAAUCAGUCCAUUAGUCUUCAUUGAAAACAUCUGCGAUUUCUUAUACUACAAUAUGGUCUAAGGACUUCCAAAGAACCAACAUAGAUCUUACUUCAAGGGCUCUAUGACUGCUUUAAAGACCAUGAUAAAAUUGGUUAAGGAGAUUUAUGGCGAAGAAGAUGAUCAAAUCUAUGAAAAUCUUGAGUUCAUUCAGAUCCUAAUUCAAAAGAUCUGCCAUCUAUCCUAUGGGCAGGAUCUACCCAAAAAGGUGGCAGCUAUUAAGACUCUGCAAAUGAUCAUCAAAGAGCUGCCUAAGAGAACCAUCAAAUUCCAUUAUCUAUCCUUUGUUGACUCUCUUUUCCACAUUUUGAACACAAAUAACGAGUCCUUAGUGUAUCAAGUGGAGAAAGAAUGUAAGGUAACUCUAAACUUGUUCUUUGAAAAGGUGGGACUAUACAGUGAAAACAUUCUGGAUACUAUUGAUGAAGCUGAAAAAGAGUUUAACUUUGCGAUCAUUGAUAAGAUUCUCUUCAUCUUGAUUCAAAAUAAAGUUUCCUCUAGAAAUGUAGCUAUACAUUUCUUGGAGUUGAUAUCUACUAAGAGCAAGCAAAGUGUUUCAAAGAUAUUGCAUACAGUCUAGUGUGAGUUUUACAAUUAGUAGAUUCUUCAAUAAUAGCAAAUGGCUUAAUAAUAGCUGUAAUAGAGAUAGUAGUAGUAAUAAUAAUAACAGCAAUAGUAACAACAGUAGAACACACAGAACCAACAACCUCCAUAAUAGAUGCCUCAAUCAACUGUGCCUGAGCAACAAGUGCCGAUUGUCUAAAAUACAGUUUAAGAUAGAUCAUGGGCCAAUUACCUUGUAGUUUAUCAAAUAGAGGCCAAAGCUAAGAAUAUCUUUGCCUUAUUCAAAGGUGGAUAUACCUAGGUAUUACAUUUGGUGUCAUAGCUAGAUUUGAUGGAAUUCCUGCUGAAGCAUAAAAUCAUAGAGCCCAUUAAUAAAGUUCAUAUUUAUCUGGCUAUAUGCGAUUAGCUCUUGAAAAUUCUAGAAGACGAAGUUGAGAAAUGUGAGCAAAAAAAUGACGCUCAACCAGGACUUAGAAGUGAUGAACUAAACAGCACUGCUGCAAGAGCUUCUGUAAAGUAUAUGAAGUUAGAGAAGCAAUAUAUAAGUUAAAACAAGACCUAUGAUCCCUACUCACAUACUAUGCACCCUCAUCAUUUCCUUUAAAGUUAAUAGUUUGAAGUGGAGGAGCAAGCUAAGAGGGAUAAACAUGCCCAAGAUAUUGAGGAGGCUAAAUUUAGCUAUACUUUGUUUGAAAUCUUCCAAGAUAGGAGACUAGAUUUGAAUACCUCAGCGACAGAAACACUUAGACCUGAGGAACUUUAAGCCUAGAAAGCUAGAACUCAACAGAGGAUAACAGAUUUUAUAUCAAAAUUGUUCCAGCCAGGCAUCAAGGCAAGCGAUAUAUCAUUUGAGUACAUCCACCAUAUGUAUGAGUUGUUCCCCAAUCACAGACUUCAUACUGAACUUAUUUGCAAAUGCCUAAAACUUUUAUGUGACAUAACUAUUGAGGACGAUAUGAAUAAAUUCUUUAAAGAAAGGCAAUAGUACUAUUUUGAUCAACAAUCACAAAACCAAGUUAAUCCUGCCCAACCCUAACUACCUCCAGGCAAUCCUUAAGCUCUAACCAGGAAGCUAGAUCUCUAUGCAGUCGAGAUUAAAUCAAAGUCAAUUGCAGUCUAUUUCAAAUUCUUCUCAAGAGAAGAGCAAAACAUUUACAAAACAGCAAAGUAAUGCUUGAAGCGUAUUCUCAGAAAAGAAUCUAAUUAACAAGAGGCAUUGCCAAAUCAGAUACUUAAAGAGUGUGUAAGACCUUCUUUGAAUAUUCUCAGCUAAAGAGGAUCUUACCCAGCUUUAUACUAGCAGUUAACGAGACUCAUAAAUGUACUGCAUGGAUGCUUUAAUGACCAGCUAGGAAGGCAUUUGAUUAAGAGUUAUGAGUAGAAUAAGCAGAAAGUGUUUGAAGACUACCAAUUGAACUUUAACAGUCAGCCUAACACCUCAAAUCAGAAUGCUGAUGGAACGACUCAGGCUUAGCCUCAGGCAUCUACUUCAGUACCAAUGGAAUCCGAGAUGACUGAAAGCUAGAAAGCUUAAGAGAGACAACGCAAGUUUAAUGAGGAUUAUGAGAGGCUGAUCUUCUUGCACAACUUGAAAAUAGAAGAACUGGAAAUCGCCAAUCAUAUUAUCAAGAUACUUUAUCUACUUCCUACUAGCAGAGCUGAGAUAUUCAGAAUACUAAUUCAACUUCCAGACUUCGAGCUCCAAGUUAUCUAAGAACUAGAAGAGAAAUUUGAACUGACUUUCGAGCGAAUGGUUGAGUUUUAUCAAAACCCCAGCCACCCUACUAAUCAUGAAGCCAAUAUUAAACCCUUAUCAAUCAGACUUGGAUUGCUGAAGAGUGAUUUCAGAGUUGGCUUGACUAAAUAUUUUAACAAAGCACCAUUUGAGAGUUUAGACUUAUUCAGAUCAUUCGUUAUUAACAAAAUAUCAUUUGAAGUAAUUGACAUUCUCAAGGAGCCAGGAUCUUAUACUCUUAGAGAAAGAAUCUCGAGAGAUGUAGAUAUUUUAAGAAAUUAUCUAAAUGAAGCUAUUGAAAGUGAUGCCUUCAAAGCUGGUAUCAAAAUGGUGUGCAUAUUCCUCAAGUAUAAUAAAAACUUCCUCAAUAGUAACAGCAGUUAUUCUAUAGUCAAAAUACUCUUUGACAAAUGGCUGGACCUUGCCCCAAUCAACAUUUAGGAUUAAGUGAGGCUAAGUUAAUUCAAGUCAUUAUCAAACAUCAGACACCUAUAUCAGAAAAUCAUGAAAUGCUUGCUAUAAUAUUGCAAAUCACCCAACGCUAAGACUGAGUUCAUGAUCUAGCUCAUCAAAGGAUUUAGAUAUCAGACUAUCAUUGAUAUGCUGCCAGUAAAGGUAUUUUUCUAAUAUGAAAUUCCUCACAACUACCCACUAAACAAGAAACGAGAUCUUUUGAUAUACACUCUAUAAAAGUUGAGGUACACAGAUAGCAGCUGGACUGAGGAGGAAAAGUUUAUGAUUUUUGAGUUGGCAUUUAUCCCAAGUAUAAUCUAUCACUCAGUAGCUGGCAAUGAGCAGUUCUUCUAGUAGCUUGUCGACCAAAGACUUAUGCAAGAGUUUAUAGAUAUAUUUUUUGGAAUUUCGCUGCAACAAACUUAACCUCAAGGCCCCUAUGGCAGAAUUUAAUACCUUGAACUAUUUAGAUAGAAGUUAGAGAUAUCCUAGUAAGUAUCGUUUGAAUAGUUUUAGAUAGAGAUCAUCAAGGUGAUUAACCUUAUGUUCAGAUAUUUUGAUUACCCCACCAUUCAGUAAACAUGCUAGUAGCAGGAGAUCAAAAAGAUCUCGUAGUUUUUGUAUCAAUGCUCAAAGAAAGCUAAUAAUGCUACUCUUAAGGAAUGGGCAUACUACACACUGACUUCAUUAUUCAUUAAGAUACUAGACUUUGCAGCCAGAUACAGUACUGUAAGUUAACCACUGGACAAUGAAAUGGUAACUAUGAUAGCCUAAAUGACUGACUAAGUUCUGAUGAUGAUUCUUUAGCAUGCCACUAAUCUCUAAGUGAAGGCAUUGAUUCACAAAUCAUUCAGAAACAUAAUCAAUAUAUUCCAAGAUCAGCAAAUCAGAGAGACUAUCACCGGAAGCUAAAUGGGUUAAAGCAAUGCAGAUUAUGUAUCCAUUUGCAUCAAGAGAGCUCUAACAUUUGAAGGCAGGAAUUCUGCUAAUUAAAUAUAUCUCUCAAGCUUUAUCAUCGGCCAUCAUGAGUCUUUCUAUCAAUUCUAAGAGCAAUUCUUCUCAAGAAUCCAAAGAACUAUUCAAAGAUUUAGCAUUGCCUAUCAACCAAAUUUAGCUUAAAGAUAACUACUUGUAGAAUUAUCAGCCGUGGUGAUUUAAUGGAUAUCUAGAAGAAUCUAUAAUAGCAUGUAAAGAUUGCAGCCUCCAAUCUCUGAUUAGUAGGAAUAGAUGUACCAUUUCCUCUUCAGCAACAUUCUCUAUAACCUUAUCAGAAAUUCUGUUAUGGUUUAAUUCUCUUCCAAUGAGUCAAUCAAAGAUGUUCUUGACUUGUCCAACUGCUGUCUCAAGCAAAUCAAACUCCUUGUCAGAGCCUUUUCCAAUGUCAGGAUUUAAUUCCCCUUCUUCAAUAGACUGCUCUAAUAAGAUGGAGGUGAUCGCGAGCAUCUGCAAAUAGUCCGCAUGGUCAUUUUGAAUGUUUCCUACAUUUUAAUAAAGUAUUAAAGAAACAGCCAGGAGUUUAAGAACUUCUUCCUAGACUACAUCGUUGGUACAAAUACCAAGUAUCAGAAGGGCAUCUUAUUCAGUUGCAAAAUACUGAUUCAGCUAAUCAACUAGAACCCUGAUUAGAAUCAACCUAUAUAUCUGCAAAUUCAGAACUGCCUCAAAAACGAUCUGUAGAAGUGCUAGGAUGAGAAUAUAAAUGAGAUUCAAGCAAAGAUGAGAGCUAUUGAUGAAAAAUACUAAGUAGAUCAAAAGCCAAGCGUAUUGUCAUUCUAAGAACAUGCGAUAUUAAUAUCUAGCACAAUUCCUCAUUUUGCCAUCAGAUUCCUUAAAGCUCUAGAUCAGUCAAUUAAUGAUCCAAAUUCAAGUAUUUAUCAAAGGAAUGUCUAAUACUGUGAGAAUGAAUUCCAAUUUCUCAAAGACCUUGCCACUACCAUCUUUAGAGUAGUUGGGUUCUUUAGAAAACAAAUCAUAUUUGAUUAGGGUGAAGUUAACCCUCUUAAGGUCAGAGUAAGGCACAAUGUAGUUUACUAGGCUUGCAACGCUAAUACCUAAUUUACUCCAGAAAAGGAUUUAAUUGAGAUGUAAGACGACAUAGUUGUGCUUAAAAUCGAGGAACCUAACUACGACAUGUUUAACAAGGAAACCAUCAUGAUGGGAGUAUUGUGCAUUAUCAAAAGAAUAAAGAAAAUGCCUCAGGAUUAAUGCAUCCUAAUCUUGGAAGUAAUAUAGUACAUAAUUCAGACUUUCUUCAAGUACAACACUAAUGAGUACAUUCUGGAAUGGCUAAGAAAAAUAACUGAUGCGCUAAUUGAGGAUGAGGAGGAUGAUAUUUCAGUACUUAAUAUGGAUUAAAAGUCUUCCUAUGUAAACAAGAUGCUAAACAAGAUUGCUGAAAUACAGACUCCAGAAAAGAAAGACCUACCUACAACUAUCCAGCUAGUUGAAGCAAUAUUUGAGUAGGGUAUAAGAUUCCUAGAGAAGCAGACUUCCUUACACAAUGAAGUCACAACCAGAUUGUUUGAAAAGGUGUUCUUGAACUUGAAGGGCAAAUCUGUACCUCUCAAGCAGAGGGUAUUUAAGAUGUAUGAAAAACUCUGCGGCUCAGGUUUGUUCAAGAAACUCUAAUACUUCUUCAGCAAGCAUCAACUUGAAGAUCAUGACAAGAUCGCUUUCAUGCAAAGUCAAAGUCAACUGCUAGACUUCACUCUUUACAAUUUCAGAACUGAUUUGCCUCUCAGCAAGACUAAGUAUUCCUCUAGACUAUUCCCUCUCUAUAACAUAAACAUAAAGUUCUAAAAAGAUGUGUCACUUGAUGAAAACCCUUUGAUGCUUCAGAAUUCAGAGUAUGAAAGACUUACCAUAUAGUUGCAAGGCUUCGGUAGAAAGAUUAACAAAUUCAAGAAACUAAAGAUAAAGGACAUGAUGGAUUCAAUAUCUGAAAUAAUUAGUAUCAACCCAAGUCAUGGCACUGACAAGAACAUAUCAGACAAACUGUUCAUCAAGCUAUUUUGGCAAUACUGGAAUAUACAAACUAGAGAGGAAUAGCAAGUUUUAUCUGAAAACAUAAAUCAAUUCCUGAUGAGCACUAUCCCACUGAUUAACAACCCAGACGUUAGGAAAAACGCAUUUCCUAAGACAUUCCUAGAGUCUAUUGCAACCAUAUCUCCUCAAAUCAGAUUGGAACCAGAAGUAUUGUAAUUCCUAGGCAAGAAUCUUAAGAUGUGGCAUGUGUCUAUUCCAAUAUUAGAGAACCAUUUUGCUCUCUAUUAAAGCAAUGAGAGAUACAUUUUCUCCUUAAAUGAACUCUACAGCAAAUUGGCAGAGGAGGAUUACAUAGCAGGUCUUAGAAGAAUCGUUACAGAUGCUUAGGAAACUAGAGCUGCAAUAAGCUACGGUUAGCACCAUAUGUGGGAAGAACUCAACCAAUAAUUCAAUCAAUUCAUCAUUCUUUAUGCUGAGUAAGAAGGAUUGUACACCUAGAUGGACAAUGAUUACAAUCUUCCAGGAAAGUACUCUAGGCAGCUUCAGAUAGGUUUCUAUGACAAACUGAAAAAGGAUCACAGAGAGGCUACAAAGAAAAACAUACUGGAGAGAUCUCAAGGAUUAGACUCCAGUUAAAUCUAGUAGUAUGUAGACUAAGAGGAUUAGAACUUAGACAGACAGAUUGAUGAAAUUGUGAUGACAUCUCAAUAGUAGAGCAGAUUGCAAAAGAGAUUAGAUACAAGCAAGUUUGCAGAAAUAGAUUUGCGUAUUUGGGACAAUCUUUUCAUUGAGAGUCUAAAGGUUUUGAAUAAAUGGGAUCAAUACAGGGAUAUCGCUCAUGCUCUUAACAAUUAAGAGAUGCUAAUUGAGUUCUACUGGAACUACAAGGACUGGCCCAAUUUACACUCUUUUGCAAAUGUGCUGAAAAAGAGCGAAAACUUCAAGUAUCAGUUCUAUUACAUCUACUGUCUUAUUCAAUCUCAAUAACACCAACUUUUUGAUGAAGUGUUUAAACAAAUAAUCUAACAGGCUUAUAAAGAAUGGGAUCAACAUCUACCAAACUAUGUAGAUAACAUCUAAUUCUAGAAUCUAAUAAUGUUCUAACUGAUCUUCGAAAGCAGUGAAGGCGGAAGAAACAUGAUUAAGGAGGCACAAAAUCUAAGAAUGAAGUAGAAACUGCACGACUUCAAGUCUAACAUCAACAUUUGGCGAGAGAGAGUGCCCCACAAGUGCGAGAGCAUCUAAGUCUGGAAGGAUGUCCUCGACAGCAGGAACUUCAUUUUUUCACAUAUAAGCAUGCUGCUGAGUCCCAACUAGGCUCCAAGCAACAUAGGUAACUAGUCCCAGAUGGAGUAGCAGUAAAGAUAACAAGCUGAGUUCUCAAGACAGCAGCUAGUUAACGAAUUCCUAGAUGUUUCAUGGAACUACUACAAACUAGCUCAGAUCAGCAGAAAGUAAGGGCUACCCACUCUGGCAUACUUCUAUCUGUAAUAACUAAGAAGAUAAGUGUCAUUCAGCUAGGAAAGCGAGAACAUUAAGUAUGAGAGGUUCAAAUGCGACUAUGAAGACUUGAAGAUCAACUUAUCAUACAAUUACAAUCCAAAGUCUCUCGAGUAUGUAGUCAACUAAUAUGUCAAGGAACUCUCAAGGAAAUACUUGCCACCAGAGGAAGUUGAUGCAUCACUCAAUCUAAUAAAUGUUCAGCCAAUUCCUUACUUUGAACCCUGGCAAGCUGCAGAGAUUCAAAGAUUAAUUGGAGAUUACUACUUUAAGAUCGGAAACUUAAAUCAAUGCUAGAAGUACUUGAUGCAAUCUUUGUAGAAAAAUAAGAGAGAAGCUAAAACAUGGCUCUCAUACGCGAAACUCAACCAAACAGUAUUCGAGAACAAGAGAAAUGAAGCAGCUUUGCAAAACACUCUUAAGGGCUACUUCUCAUAUAUUCUUCUAAACCUACCCAAGUCCAGACUUAUUAUACCUCAAAUCUUGAAAUUGCUUCGAAGAAAAGACAUCUAGUAUCCUACUGUAAGAGAGUUUAUGUUGAAAAAUCUUGAGUAGAUGCCAACAUGGAUCUGGCUAUUUUGGAUUCCUUAGCUGUAGCAUAUACUCUACAAAGCCAUAAACAAUCUGGAAUUAUGUUUAAGCGUCAAAGUGCUAGAAAAAAUAAGCAAACUAUACCCUCAAUCAUUCUAUUACCCUCUUAAGUUGAAGUAAACUCAUGAAGAGUAGAACCCUUAAGUUUUGAAUUAGAUCAGAUCAUUCCUCAAGAAUAUGCAGCAAGCCAAUUUCUAGGCCCUUCAUUUGAGUGAUAAAAUUGCAUCUGAGUUCAACAAAAGCAUGAAAAUGCCAACUGAAGAAGAACUCUAUCUGCUCCUCAAUAAGAUACUGUGCAUUUCUCACUUCUUUAAGAUUGAAAAUUUUGAAAAUGACUUCUAGAACUUCCUUCGCAGUAUAUUUGACAAGUUCUUUAGAGAAGAAACGAUCUAGUUCAACCCAGUUUUGAGUCAUCUUAGAGCCAAAUUCCAAAAUGAUUUUUUGAAUGAGGCAACAAUGGAAAGAGACAUCACAGAAGUCAUCAGAAGGCUCAAGAAUCUUAAGGAUUUCCUUCACAGAAAGCUAAGUCUUUCUGAGCAAAAGACCAAUCUUGAACUUUUAAGUCCUUAUCUAGCCAAUUUCAAUGAAAAGGGAGUUGAAUUGCCAGGUCAAUAUAUGAUCACUGAUUAAGAGCCCAUUCCUUAGAAUACGAUAUUCAUAUAGAAGUUUGAGCCAGUUAUCUAUAGAAGUGGUAUAACCACAAAGAAGAUUGUAAUUAAGGGCAGCAAUCAAAAGGUUUAUGGCUUUACAGUGAGUUUGCUAAGUAACAGGGAGGAAACUAUCAAGCAUUUCUCUGAGGAAAGAGUGAUUCAAGUGAAGAUGAUGAUGAAUCAAAUCUUCCAAAAGAAUAAGGAGACUAUGAGGAGAGGUAUUAAAUUCUAUAUUCCGAACAAAUCAGUAAUGCACAGAUGCAAACUCUCGCAAGAGGAUCUUUCAUUCGGCAAUCUUUAGGAAAUUCACGAUUACUUAUUCUAAGAAAGAGGCUUAGAUUCAGAUUUAGCAUUCAAUAUUCAACUCCAAAAGCUUAAGGAAAUAUUUAAUGAGUAUGAUGAGGGUCAGCAGAAGACCAUAUCAUCUUUAACACCAGAGAAAAAGAAGUAGGUCUUUGAAGAAACAUACGAUGAGAUGAAAAACAUAUAUUGCUAGCCUUACCUGCUAAGUUCAUUCUUCCACAGAAUAUUCUACUCAGUGGAUGAUCUGUUUAUCUUUAAGAAGUAGUUUACGACCUAUCAUGCGGUGAACUCUUUCUUCUCCUAUAUCUUCACCCAAGUAGAAUUCUCAAGCUUAAACAACAUCUCUUUCUGCAAGACCUCCGGCAGAUUGAAUUACAAUGAAGCCAAGCUGACUGAACUGCUUAAGAAUAAGUUGCUAAAGCUUAAAGUGUAGACCAAUAAAUAGAUAGAUUAUGAUGCGAUCGAGAGAGAUGAAGUUUAUAAUCAGUAAAAUCCUCUUACCCCUGUGAGUAGUUAUUUGCCAUUCAGACUGACUAACAAUAUUGUGGAAUUCAUGGGCAGAACUGGAUUGAAUGGUUUGUUCGCUGGAGUUAUGACUUCAUGCUCUCUGGCUUUGUCCAAGCACAAUGAAAAAUUCCUCCCUCUAAUUCACAUGAUAUAUCAAGAUGAGAUUGGAGGGCCAAAAGACUAGAUGACUUAGUUUAUAAACAGUUGCUGUGACUAUCUCAAAUUCAAGGUCACUAGUCUCUCUUAAAAUAAAAAUAUCAUUCAAGAUACAACUUCUAAUCCCAUGUUCAAUAAAGAUUCAGUAGGAGAGAAUCAACCUAACCAGGAAGGCCAAGUUCCACCCUAGCAACAGUAAAUGCCGGCUAGCAUGGAUCUCGGGCAGUCAGAUGAAUGGGAUGAUGUGAUUUUGAUUGCGGGAUAAAAAGUUCCCAAAGCUUAUUUGAAAUUUGAAAUUGAAAAACCACACACCUUUGAGGAAUUUAACAAAAAGGUGUUUGAACUUAUGGAGAUUGCAAUGGACGACAGAAGACUAAGCCAGAUGAUAUCAAGUUGGAACGCUUGGUUCUGA